GACUACCUCCCACCCAACCCAAGAAAACGGAGAAAACACCCGAGGCUCAAGACAAGAGCUUUGCAUGUGGUAAUCCCCUAUCACGUCAAACCGUCACCCACUUUCGCGCCCUCCCAUCGAAAUCCCCUCCGCCAUAGCCACCCUUUCUUUCCCCCGCCUCGACACCCACCCCUCUACCGUAUUCCGCCCGUGGCACUAGGAUCCGUGGACCAGACAUAGGGGAGAAGGAUGGAGGGGGGGAUAGGGUUGUGAAAGGGCUAUAUAAUCUGACGAAAUACCUACCUACCCUCCAUACCAGAUCGCACAUAUCGUAACCCACCCCUGCGGUACAGCACACCCUCAGAAUACUGCCUCGAAACAUCACUCUCCCACCACGAUGUCGACUGGGAAGGUCUCGGGUGUAACUGAAGUCGGGAAGAACGCAGACAUCCCAUACGCAACUCCUGAAUGCCCCGUCACGAAGAUUCGAACGCCAUAUGUGCCCAGCGAGAAGGACUUGGAGGCUGUCCCCAACCCUGGUUUCCUCCCCGCUUUUCGUUCCCCUUCUUUCUCUCCUUCACCUUGCUAAUUGAUGCACGAUUCUCUAGGAACCCCCCGAGCGAACAUAGCACCAACAACCACUGCACCCCACGGGACCACAAAAGACAACUGGGCCAAAUCCCACUCUCACCAAUCCGUCCUCCACCAGCACUGUGCAUUCUGGGACCCGGAUGGAGACGACAUAGUCUGGCCGCGCGAUACAUACCUUGGUUUUCGCGCCAUUGGAUUCGGCGUCAUCCUCUCUGCGAUAUCCAUGGUCCUCAUCCACGGGGCUCUCUCAUGGGCCUCCACGGAUGGGAUAGUUCCAGACCCGUUCUUCAGGAUAUAUCUAAAGAAUAUAUACCGUUGCAAGCACGGCAGUGAUACCGGGACUUACGAUUCCGAAGGACGGUUCGUGCCACAGAAGUUUGAGGACUUUUUUGCAAAGUACGGGGAUGGGGAGAGGGUUAGCAAAAGGCAAAUUUGGGAUGGCAUUAGCGCACAGAGGUGUGCAGCAGACUUUUUUGGCUGGACGGCAGAGGCUUUCGAGUGUGAGUGCUCUCAUAUAAUGUCUCGUGUGCAUUGCAUUGAGGGAUUAAUGGGGUUGGGACGCAGGGACUGCUACAUAUUUAUUACUCUGGCCCGAGGACGGAAUCUUGAGAAAGGAAGAUGUGAGAGGGAUUUACGACGGGAGUAUUUUUCCGGAGCUGGCGGGGAAGCGGACUACUGGACUACCAAGGGGAAAGAAGAUUCAUUGAUUCUUCACCAGGGAGUUGCGGGAUAGCGGAGAUUCGGGAUUAUUGGGUUCCCGGUUCUGUAGUGAAAGUAUUUGGAGUUUGUAGCUGCAAGGAAUAUCAUGAGUAAUAGCCAGAGGAUUGUUUAUCAGCAUUAUUUGAAUCUGAAUCUUCUUCAUCGUCAAUGAAGGUGAUUGCUUU